UAAAACUACAUUAUUCAGUGCUGUGACGUGAAUGAUCGGUUUUGGUGGUAACGAUAGUGAAUGUGAAUAAAAUAACAUUGCAAAUAAAAAUGGGUACACCUUUGAAGCUACUGAAAUCAGUUUUAUCCCCUAAAACAUUAUCACCAUCGUCACCUAGGCUAUUAUUUGUACCAAAGUUAAAUGAUAAUGUUAUUCAGAAUAAAUGUGUUUCUUUGAAUAAGCAAAGAAAAUCGCCUGCAAAAAACUUCGAAUAUUCAGAUGUCGCUCCAAGAGUCAAACUAGCAUUCGAACCAGUAGAUAUUCAUGUAACCAAUCACAGCGAUAAGUUAAAAGAAAUUAUCAAACAUGAUAUCUUCAUGAAUUCGCCAAUGAAGAAGAAUAUCAUAGAAAAUGGAGUUGCGGAUGAUAGAUUUUUGAAUAUUCUUGGGAAAGGUAGCUUUGGCAAGGUUAUUAGAGCUGUCUAUAAGGGCACAACUGUGGCGAUGAAGUUAGUAAAAACGUCAAAAUUCUCUUCCAGAGACCACAAUGCGCUACAUUUGAACCACCCGAAUAUUGUAAAAACAUUACACAUCAUAGGAAAUGAGGAAAGUGUGUUUUCAAUGAUUCUCAUGGAAUAUUUUGCAGAUUGUCAAGAUAUGCAAAGCAUACUCGAUAAUCCCGAAGUCAGUUUAGAUAAUAGAAUCGUUAUAAAAUAUACCAAAGACAUUUGUGAGGCACUUCAACAUUGUCAUGAAAAUGGCAUUUUACACUUGGAUCUGAAACCUCAAAACGUUCUUCUUUGUGGGGAUGUGUGUAAAAUUUGCGAUUUUGGAAAUUCUGCGAAAAUUACAGAACUCGUAGAUUUUUUUGAACAUCAAGGAACCGCUGUGUAUACCGCUCCAGAAAUCCUACAAGGCAUAAAGCCUACUGAAAAAAGUGACGUCUACUCCUUAGGAAUUCUUCUUUGGCAAAUGUUGGCCAGAAAGAAUCCCUACAGUGAUCUAGACAAUAUUGAAACUGUCAUAUACAUGGUGGUUAAAUGCCAUUUGAGGCCAGAUAUGCAAAAUCCGACUGAUGCACUUUCUAAUCUGUACCAGAACUGUUGGAAAAGCAACCCAUACAACCGGCCAACAGUUGCUGAAAUUUCAAAUGUUUUAUCCAAUCUGUGAUUGAUUUUAUAUAUUGAUAUUGUUUUUACUCUUUUUACGUUUUAUGUUACUAACAAUGUUGUAAUAAAGUUUUCGCCGUUGAUC